CCUUAUAUAAGCAGGUGAUGCAACCGGAGCGGCAGAAGCGCAAGCCGCCGCGGCAAAGGAGCAGCGGUUCAUUUUGUCCAGCUCAACCAGAACCAGAACCAGAACCAGAACCUCGGAACUUUAACAGGAUGAUGCUGCAGCAUUCGGGUCUCUCUCUGGCCGACAUCAGCUGCUCCGCCCUCGUCCCCUGCCUCUCGCCGCCUGGCUCGCUCACGCUGGACGACUUCACCAGCUUCUCGCCCAUCGUGAAGGACGAGCUGCGGACGGCCAUCCAGGCCAAGCGGCGGUCCAACGGGCUAAGCGCCGACGUCAGCUCGGACGGCACCAGCUCCGGGUCGGACCGGGCCUCAGAGCCGCCGUCGGGCCGCUCCGGCCUCAAGAGAGAGCUGACGACCGAGGAGCACGACAGGAGGAAGAGGAGGAGAGAGAGGAACAAGAUCGCUGCUGCGAAAUGUCGCAACAAGAAGAAGGAGAAAACCGAGUGUCUGCAGAAGGAGUCAGAGAAGCUGGAGAGCGUCAACGCAGAGCUGAAGCAGCAGAUCGAGGAGCUGAAGCAGCAGAAGCAGCAGCUGGUCUACAUGCUCAACCUGCACCGGCCCACCUGCAUCGUCCGCGCUCAGAACGGCCAGACGCCCGAAGACGAGCGCGACCUCUUCAUCCAGCACAUCAAGGACAGCGCCUUCCAGCUCCACGGCCUCACGGCCUCGUCCUCCUCUGCCGCGGCGCCGCUGGACAGCGGCGCGCUGACGCUGGACGACAUUCGGUGUUCGGGUCACCUAUGAUGGCGGCCGACUUCCUGCGGCAGGAAGUGAACUCUGACCUUCCAGCCGGCUGGACGGCUUCACCGUUACACUUUAUGGUUCAUUUAACGUUCGACACUUUGAGACAGUCUGGGCCAAGAACCGACACGAAGCACUGAAACCAAACCAACGUCAGAUUUUAUCGUUUGUCUAAGUUUUGUACCAGUGAUUUGGAGGCGAUCGUCGCCCCCUGCAGGCGGCUGAGUGACUCCCACAUGUUUGUGUUUAUUGUAUGCAUAAAGAUUAUUUAUUAGAGGAGCAGAGAAUGAUGUGACGUUGUAACGACACUGUUUGUCCUGUAGAUCUGAUAUCACUGCUGCUAUUUAACGCUCAGGAGCUGCACUGGCUGUAGACUUUGUACUUUUUGUUUUGAGAAUAAACCUCUGAAACAUAAAUCAGGAUGUUUGCUGAUGAGAAAGGAAGAGUUAUGUCCAGUAAAAUCUGUUUGCAUGCAGAGGAACAUUUCUCUAUGCAGACGACUCACUGCUGUUCCCUUAAAUUAACCGAAAUUUUAUCUGCUACAUCUUUUGCAACACAAACAUCUAAAGUUAUUUUUCCAUAAAGAUGAAGCUGCUCGAAUUCAAGUGUUAAUUUUUUUAUUCUCUUGUUUUUAGCUGCAUGUAAACAACAGACGCCUCUUCUUCUGACGGAACAAAAUGUUUAUUUUUUGAAUAUAUUUAUUUAUUCAGCCCAGGGUUUGAACCUUAUUUUGUAAUAAUCUGCUGCCUAACUUUCAUUUUCUGCACUUUGAACUUUUCAUCAGGUUUGUUCCUUACAGGAAAGUUUUAUUCUGAAAAAAUCUACAAAAACCAGAUUUUAACUCAAAAUAAUUUCCUUACUUUCACUAAUUAACUGAAGGGAAAAACUGGAGUUAUUAAUAUGAGGACAGGUUACGUUUGUGUGACGAUGUUUGUAACGUCGUCUGUGUUUUUCGUGUUUUUGCGAUCAUUCCUCCUCGGUUUAACGUUUCGUUUCAGUCUGAAUAAAAUGUAACGUUUCAGGUACGACUGCACAGCUGCUCCUCCCCUUUUGUUAAAUUCUGUUUUUGAUACUUUUUUUACAUUAAAACAUGGAUUAUUAAA